AUCCGGUCUUGAUAAGUUCCUAGCUCAUUUAAAGAAGGUGAACGAAUGUGUACGCGAAACCCAAUUUUUUUUCCUCUCGCGAACGAAUCUAGAUGGAAUAUUCGGCGGUAGAUGUCACAGCGGCCAGAAGUCUGCAGCUCUUCGUGGUGCGUCGCUUUCUUGACACGACAGCAAGAUGAUAACAGAUAUGUCAUGGGUGGCAACUAGUACUUAUACGCGUCGAUGGCGACAUUCUGGAUCUACGACUAUAUUUGUUCACUUCACGAAGAAUGGACAUUCCUAUUGCGGUCGCGCUGGACCAAAGUAAAAGCCCUGUAUAUCACUGCACGAUAUGUGCCCUUUUUAAUCAUCACCAUGAACCUAUAUCUGGCCGUGGCCCCGAACGAGAAUACCAAUAAAUGCCAGAUAUCGAUCGAUAUCAUCACAUCCUUGAGUCUGAUUUUACUCAGUUGCUCUGAAUGCUUUUUUGUCCUUAGAACGCAUGCGCUCUGGAACAACAAUAGAAUUCUACUCGUGGUGAUGCUGUCCACCCUUUUUGCUAUCAUCGUAUCAUCCUUCAUCAUUGGUUUUACUGCUACUGUGACCUCUUAUUCUACGAGCUGGCGGUCGGCCAAGGGCCCUCUCGACGCCAUCUUAGUGAAGCAUAACAUAUUCUACUAUGCAUGUGGUCUGCUUCUCUCGGUCGUGAACGUCGUUGUGCCAUUGCUGCCGGUUUUUGAUUCCCUAUCCUACUUCCUCCCAGAAGGAUUUAAGCUAUUUAUCCUUGCGAUCCUCGCUACGCGCAUGCACCUCCAUCUCUGGCAUAUGGAUCAGCACGUGGAAGAUUCUGGCCUCGUCGUUUGGAUAUUAAUGUCGGACAUGUCACCUGCAGACUGUACGGUGUAACGUCUAUCGCGUGGCUUAUUCGGCGUUGUUUGUGAAAUGGGACUUGGACUACGACUUCAGGUACACUUCUUCUCCGUUUGAUGGUUUUGAUCACGGGUAAUACACUACCCAUUUCGCUACUUGCCAACUGCAGUCCCUCGUAGACUGCAAGAUUAUUCGAGACACAGAUGCGGGCCAUGCACGACUUGCCAAAUGUGCGACACGCAAGAGGGUCUCACCUGAACCGUGCUGUGCAGCAUUUUCAGUUAGUUCUGGACCAGUG